CCGGCGGAUACUUAAAAAUGUAACACCAAAAUAUGCAGACUGCUGCAAAAUCAACUGCCGAUUAGGGUCAGUCUUUUACAUUUUCAGGGAAGACAUGCAUAAAGAACACGUUUCCUCAAAAUAUGUGAACAUCACUCCAUCCAGGGAUGAAUGCGUGUAUACAAGCUGUUACUGUGAGGAAAAUGUCUGGAAACUAUGUGAACACGUCAAGACUCAAACGCAAAUACAUUUGGACGAAGUGUAUGCAGUAUUUAUAUCAAAUGAAAGAAAAAUGAUCCCUAUAUGGAAACAGAGGUCCAGUCGUGGAGAUGAACCUGUUGUUUGGGAUUAUCACGUUGUCCUACUUCAUCAGAAUCAGCAGGGACAGAGUUUUAUUUAUGACCUGGAUACAGUCCUGCCUUUCUCCUGUCCUUCCCAUGUUUACACUACAGAAGCCUUCCACACAGAUCAUGGCCUGAAACCAGCUUUCUGGAGGAAGUUGCGAGUUAUUCCUGCAGAUGCCUACCUGAAGAACUUUGCCUCGGACCGGUCACAUAUGAAAAAUGCAGAUGGGACAUGGCGCAUGCCUCCACCGUUGUAUCCUUGUAUUGAAACAACAGACUCUAAAAUGAACCUGGAUGACUUCAUCAGUAUGGACUCCAAAGUGGGAUGUGGACAUGUGUAUAGUCUCUCUGAAUUUGUCAAACACUUUGCAGAAAAAUGAUUUGCUUGGUUUGAAAUUAAUAUACUUCAGAUUGGUUACCUGCUG